AUGUUUUCAAUUCCUAUUUCUUUAGAUCUUUUUCGCGCCGCGCAUCGUGGUAAUAAUAUGUCCAAUGAUCAAUCUGAACAAUUGUUUACAAGAGAACAAGUCGAACAAAUCAUUGAGGAAAUGUCAAGAAAAAUCAAUCUUGACAGAUCAGGUGAAGAUCCAACAAACCUUCCAAACGAAAUCUUGGAAGAACUAGAGAACAGCUCGCCCAUCAAUUUACAGAAAAACAUCAAAGAAUUUGUUAAGAACCUUCCAAAGUACGAAGGUAGUGAAUGGACCAACAAUGAGAUCUUCAACAAAGAGUUCCACAGAGAGCUUAAAAGGAAAACUGUGGAUGCCCUCCAAAGUACAAACGCAGUAUACAAGGGAGCUGAUCGACUCAUCAUCGCAGGAAGAGCAGCAACUGGCCUUUACGAAGAAUGUCAACAAUUUCUUGAAUCAGGAGGAAGCGAAGAACAAUUCUUUCACAUUAUGGAAGGCAUCAGACAACUUGCAGUUUACUCAUACGCCACGAGCUCCCCGAUAGCGUCAAACACUUGGAAGAAGAACCUAGUGACAAGGCCUUGGCCUUGGGCAGAGAAGAGGUUGAAAGAAUUUUUCAAGCCAGAUACGAACAGUCCAUCCUCAGAAAUGCA